GAUGACAUCAGAUAUCUGUCCCCGUUUUCAUUGGAGAAGGCCUUUUGUAUUGCUCAGUUACCAAAUUUCCCAUGAGCCUGUAGAGUACAGGUUUUCAAAAAGACUCAUCAGGGGCCUGUCACCGCCUGAGGUAAAAGAAUCCGGAAAGACAAGGACUUUAGUUGGAGUUGAUGAUGCUCCCGUUCCCUCUCCUCACGGUACUCUUGGUGCAGCACAGCCAAGCCCGGACCCACUCUCUGAGAUAUUUUCGUUUGGCUGUUUCGGAUCCUGGUCCCGGAGUGCCUGAAUUUAUCUCUGUUGGGUAUGUGGACUCACACGCUAUCACUACAUACGACAGCAUCACUCGAAAGAAGGAGCCGAGGGCUCCCUGGAUGGCAGAGAACCUGGCACCUGAUCACUGGGAGAGGUACACUCAGCUGCUGAGGAGUUGGCAGCAGACAUUCACGGUGGAGCUGAAGCAUCUACAGAGGCAUUACAACCACUCAGGGCAAAGAGUGCUCGCAGCCAAGCUCCAUCAUCCGAGAAGCCCCUUGUCUCUGCUUUCACCCAUGCUUCCCCAGCUUGCAUGUGUUUCAGGGCUUCACACCUACCAGAGAAUGAUUGGCUGUGAGUUGCUGGAAGAUGGUAGCACCACGGGGUUUCUCCAAUACGCAUAUGAUGGGCAAGAUUUCAUCAUCUUCAAUAAAGACACCCUCUCCUGGGUGGCUGUGGAUAAUGUGGCUCACAUCACCAAGCGGGCAUGGGAUGCCAAUCUGCAUGAGUUGCAAUACCAAAAGAACUGGCUGGAAGAGGAAUGCAUUGCCUGGCUGAAGAGGUUCUUGGAGUAUGGAAAAGAUACCCUGGAAAGAACAGAGCCUCCCAUGGUAAGAACGAGUCGGAAGGAAAUUUUCCCAGGGACUACAGCUCUCUUCUGUAGAGCUCAUGGCUUUUACCCACCAGAAAUUUCCAUGACGUGGAUGAAAAAUGGGGAAGAUAUUGCCCAAGAAGUGGAUUAUGGAGCCGUGCUUCCCAGUGGGGAUGGAACCUAUCAAAUGUGGGUGUCCGUUGAUCUGGACCCUCAGAGCAAAGACAUUUAUUCUUGUCAUGUGGAGCACUGUGGCCUCCAAAUGGUUCUUCAGGCCCCUCAGGAAUCAGGAAGCAUUCUUCUAGUGGUGAGCACGGUCUCUGGGACCAUAAUCCUCACCAUUGUCCUGGCUGGAGUUGGUGUUCUGACCUGGAGAAGGUUCCGGCGUGAGAGGCAUGACGGACUGUAGAGGCUGCUUGUGGUCCCCCUGCUGCGGCUCCCGAGACUUCUGUUUACUGUAUCUGCCUCGUGAGUUCCAUGCAGAGAUGGGAUGACCCUCAUGUUCGGGUCACUGGAGGGCCUGGGACAACGUUCCCCCUCUAUAAAGAAAAUACCGAGCAAAAGGAAGUCAUCUACCAUCCCGCACAAGCCAAUGAGUGCAUCUCUCUCUCGGGAGCCAUGAUCUCUGCUCCCAGGCACCCGCGUGUCUGUGGUCGGAAGUCUCCACCUUACUCCUGACACAGUGGGGAAUAAAGAAUUAAGCAUUUGUAAUAAGAAGACCCAAGCUACACAUUUUUCUUUGUUCUUUGGCUCCUAAAGAGCUGCCAGUGUUGAGGCUGUUUAUGGACUCCUUUAUCACAACCAACUUCAAAUACAGUCUGCCUCAUGACCCAGUACUUCCCAACAUCUUAUUUCUCCACGGUGAUUUACAAGUAGAUUACAGAGUCUCAGAGCUGCAAGGAACUUUCUCAUCCUAGCAGGAGAUGUCUUCCUAUAAUGCCAUAGACUUGGGCAUCCAGCCUUCGCUUGACACCAUGUGAGGGUACCCUAUUCCACCACAUAACAGCCUUUCUUGUUCAUCUUCUCUCAUGAGAAUGUUUACCAUGUAAGAACUUUGACUAUCAUGGCUAUCAUGACUGUGAAUCUAUAAGUAGGGUUGGACCAGCCCAUGAAAACAGCCACCAAGUUUCUACAACAGCCUGUGAACGGACUAGUCAUUAAACACAAAUUAUGGCCCAAGAAGAAACAGAAGCAGCCUGUUCAUGGCGGCUCUGCCAGAUAGCUUGGAAUAUUGGAAGUGUGUCUAGCUGGGUCUAUGGCAAUGGCUUCACUUUUACUGCUUCUGUGAGAAAUUAGAACAAUAAUUUAUCAAGCUGAAUGUGCUGGGACUCCUUAUUAUAAGCCAGUGCUCAGGAACCUGAGGCAGGUGGACCGUAUGUUUAGGGAUAGCUUGAGCUACUCAAUGAAACUCUAUUUAAAACAAACAAA